GAGAGAGCAGAACGAUAUAGGCUUUAGGGAGAGUUUUAGACUGAGAGUCUAGAGAGGGAGAGAGAGCGGGAGAGCGGGACAAAUAGCUUCAUAACGAUAGCGGGAUAGAAAGAAAAAGGGGGUUUCAGAGAGUUGCAGGCAGAAAGAGAGAGUUUUCUGCAUUUGCUUGGAUUUUCAACAAACAAAAAGAUCAGUUAAGAGUACUGGUUUGAUUUCUAAGGUCUGGAUUACUGCCUUUCGCUUUCUUGUCCUGAGUCAUCUUUUUCAAUUAUCAAGAACGAUCGACAGAGAGAGAGAGAGAGAGAGAGAGAUAGAGAAGGAGAUCGGAGGCAAAUCCCUAAAGCAUAGAGUCGUCGCCCAGUCAAUCCAAUUGAAUCCGAUAAUUUCAAGCUAGGGUUCCAAAGUUUGAACCUUUAAUCCGUCUUUGUAAAGUCUGAGGCAUUCAAACAGAAAAGGGAAGAAGGGAAAUCAGUUUCAUCUCGAAUUUCAUAGACCGAGUUUAUUGCCUUCUCUUUUCUUCCAUCUGCCUCCUAAACUGCAAACAAUCAAUUGAUUUGACGGUGAAGCUACAAAACUCUAGAAAUCAAUUGAUCCUCCUGACUGAUCUCCAUCUCCCACUGUCCUCUUAAAUUUUCAGAUUCAUCACACUUCACAACAAUCAGUCAUCUCGUUUCAAGCCCCGCCGCCGCAACUUGGAGCACAGAGCACUCCCGACUCGGCGACCUGUAACUCUGCAAGAGUGCAAGGCUGGAAGCCUGGAACCAGCAACCCAUUUCUGCGGCUCCGCCUCUCCGGUCUCCGCGCUCCUCCUCUCUGGUCUCUGCGCUCCGUGCCUCCCCCUCCAGAUUUGCAGACAGUUAAAGACUCAAAAUGAUAUAAUUGCUUGGCCUAUGGAUACUGAUUAACUGAUGGUAUAUACGAUCGUAUAUUGAUCUUGAUGUUGAUUACUUGAUUUUAAUUAAGUUUGUAACUUUGUAUGAUUCAUGAUUCAUGAGGAGAAGGGCUCAGACCUCAGAAGCAGAGGGCCACAAUUCCUUUGAGAAAGCUUGAAAAAAAAUAAAGAAGUCCAAGCCCCACCGAACUUAGAAUCCUUGAUCCGCCUCACUAAGGGCAACAAUGGCGAUGGAAUGGAUUUGCAGAGCACUUCGAGACGGAGCUUUGGAAGGCGAGCACGCGCCAGCUCUUACAAUAAAGGACUUCAUGGCCUCACCUCUAGGCUUCGACGUCUUCACUCACUUCCUCUCUCACCACUCCACCAAUAUCUCUGCUGGCAAAUCUCAAUCGCGAGGUCUCGUGCUCGUCGCGUUUUCUCGGAGUCCCUCGUUUUACUUGGACUUGUUGAGCAAGAGGGGACUUCCUAUUGCUUCGUCUCACCACUGGAUUCGGAUUCUUGAUUGUUACACGGAUCCUCUUGGUUGGAAGGAUCAGAUGGGGCAGUGUGGGAGUGCGACCAAACUCUCUUAUGACAUAGCUAGUAUUUGUGGGAAUGUGAAGGAUGUGGAUAGUCUCUUCUCUUUGAUUAUUUCACUUGGAAGAGGAUUUGUUGUACAAGGGAAAGUUCGCUUUUGUGUUGCAAUAGACUCAGUAAAUGAAAUGUUAAGAUAUGCAUCCUUGUCAUCAGUUGCUGGCCUUAUAAGCAGUCUUCGUUGCUGUGCAGAUCAGAUUUCAAGCAUCUUUUGGUUUUGUCAUGCGGAUCUUUGUGAAGAAAGGGCAACUUCUACUCUUGAAUAUAUGUCAUCUAUGGUGGCCAGCAUUGAGCCAUUAAUCCAGUUUGCAAAUGGACAAAUAAGUAAUUCAGAGAAUCUUUCUUUACUUGAUCAAAAUUUUACUAGAGGGAAACUUCAUCUCCGGUGCAAGCGGAGAAAUGGACGUGUACGAGUGAUGUUUGAAGAAAUUCACCUUGGGCAGUCAGGCAUCAACGUUACAUCCACUUCAUUUGAAGGAGUAAUCAAUCAAGGUCUUGUUCCCAAGGUGCAAUUUAGUCUACAACUAUCAGAGAAAGAGCUAAAGGAUAGGGCUAAUGUUGUACUUCCAUUUGAACACCAAGGAAAUGGUAAACCUGUACAAAUUUAUGAUGGGCGAAAAUCUCUUACGGAUAGCAAGUAUGAGGUAGCUCCCAUACCAAACGGGAUUUCAGAUAUAGAUAAGGAGUCUGGCAAGGGAGAAAUAAUAUAUUUUCGCGAUUCAGAAGACGAAAUGCCAGAUUCUGAUGAGGACCCUGAUGAUGAUUUAGACAUAUAGUGUUUUGACUGAUUUCCCAUUCGCAAUGGUGGUCAAUGGUGCUCUGCAGCUUCAUCAUCAGUUCAUUUGCCAACAAUCUGUUCUCGAGCAAUAUUUCAUCAUACUUGUCUACACAUUGGGCUUUUUGUAUCCUGGUGUCUCAUUCAUGAUUGAGAACUGACUCAUUGCAGCUUCUGUUUAUUGAUCAGCGGAAUUUAUUUCAAUGCUGGCUGCUACAAGUUUUUGUCACUCAGGCCAUGGGUUUCAUGAUGAUUGAUGUAUAUGUGUUUGAAUUGAGUGUCUCUAACCCAUUUACACGUUGUGAUGUUCCCAUAGACCCUCAUUGUUGUUCCAUUGACUAAUGGAAGGCCGAUGUUAUUUGUGAUCUUUGCAAGGGUUAAAUAGAAAUCAGUUUUACUAUAUUUUUUUCUUUUGGUUAGGUUAAGGGAUUUGAUUUUGUCGAUUCCUUUAUUUUUUUGGUAGAAACAGUAACUUUAUUGGUAAAGUUUGUAACACGACAAAGAAACUUGUCGUUGCGUUUGCCUUGAAAAAAUGAGUUUCUCACA